GGGAGAGAGGAUUUUUUAUGUACAGCCCCCUAUGCUUUUGAAAGUACUAAAAAAAUGCUAUGGGGAAAUACCGUCCUAGAGGAAAUUCCCAGCCCCGCCUACUAGCGUAGAGCAUAAAAAAGUACAACCAGCCUAAGCACAGCACUCAAUGUAGACGACAUUUCCUCUAUUUACAGUACACACGGACUCUUUUUGGUCAGAGAGCUUGGACUCCUUUUUGAGGAUUAACCCUUGGUGUGGACCUUCUUCAAAAAUGUCUAUCAGUGAUGGUAGUACAGACCCACUGCUAGCCAGGUUUAAAGUUCUUGAGGAGACUGUGGAUAAACUUCACAGGGAAAACAGGUCUCUGAAGACGAAGGUGCAGAGUUACAAUACGCUGAGCACUUUCUACCACGAAGCCAGGCAGCAGAACAAGAACCUUAACAAGCAGCUGGCUGAGAAGGAAGCCUUAAUCCAACAGCUGAGAACCAGCCAGAAAACUUUUACUGCUGCUGCGGAACAUCACGUGGAGCCUCCUCAAUCGUUGAUCGAGGGUUUAAUGGAAGAGCUGAACAGAAUCAUGAGUGAACGCAGUGAAACGGAGAGGAUUUAUCAGGAACAAGUGGAAAACCUCAAUCAGGAAAAUAAAAAACUUCACAAAGUGUUGGAGGAGAGAGACCAUGAUAUAGAGAAGGUAUCCAGUUGGCCCCAGCAGGAGAAAGAUAUGGAGCUACUCCGCCUUCAAAGAUCCCUUGCCGAAAAGGAGAGAGUACAGGCUACUAGUGAAGUCCUGUGCCGAUCUCUUUCUGAUGAAACCCACCAGCUUCGACGUAAGCUUGCUGCCACAGCAGAGAUGUGCCAACAACUCGUCAAGUGUCUUGAGGCGACUCGUGAAAAAGGCAACUUGAAUUCAGAAGAACGUCUCAUCCAGAAUCAAAAUGAUAAUGACGCUGCCUUGAGAAAGUUACAGGAAGAAAACCGGCUAUUAAAACAGAAAGUAGUGCAUGUUGAAGACUUAAAUGCAAAGUGGCAAAAGUAUGACACCAGCAGGGAGGACUAUGUCAAGAGUCUACACCAGCAACUAAAGGAGAUGAAGGGCCAAUCUGAUCACCCCAAGGCUUCACACACAACACACAAACAUCCAGACCUUUUACAAAAAGAAAUCUGCAGGCUGAACAGGUUGUUGGAAGAUAAAAUAAAGGAAAAUACCAAACUCCAACAAGAAGCUUCUGAAAUUGUCCACGCAAGGAUUGUUGACCGGGAGAGAAUCCAGAUGCUUGAGCAGCAGUUACUUGUUUACAAAGACGAUUUCACGUCAGAGCGAGCAGAUAGGGAAAGAGCACAAAGCCGGAUACAGGAGCUGGUGGAUGAAAUUUCUGCUUUGCAGAGACAUGGAAGACGACAGGAUGACAGAGAAUCUGCUGUUAAACGUAACAAAACGCAUGUGAAGAAAAAUGUAGGCGACCCUCAGCUUGGUCUGAAUGUAGAACCUGCAGAAAACAGAAGACAGACCUCCCCUGCAGGCCGUCCAGAUCACCAAAGGAGCCCCAGCAAUGAACAUCGAGCGCAAGAUGAACUCCAGUGUCCUCGGUGCCUCAGAGUCUUUCAGGACAGAUUAGGAGAAAACUUUUUAGAACAUAUCUCUGAAUGCUGUCAGUGACUGUUGCUCUUUAUUUAUCAUUAUAACCACUACAUGGCAUAGGUUGUAUCAUACCUGUGUCAAAUAUGCUGCUAUCUUCCUUGGCUUUAGGGUAGAGGGUCAGUCUAAGAAGAAUUGGUGUGGGAGUAUUAAUGGCCUUUUUUGUCUAUUUCACUGCCUGGUGAUGGCCACCACUUUUACAGGUUGGCAUAAAAUAUGCUGACAGCUUUCAGACUGACAUUAAUCUUGAACGAGUGGCUUGGAAGAGUAAUUUGGACCGGAAAAAAGGACUCUGUGGGCUGUGGGUGCAACCUAAGUGCUGUAUUUAUAGCUGCGAGAAGAAGUAUACUGUGACAUAUUAUUAUCCUGGAGCUCUUGAAGUUCAUAUUGAAUGAAGUCAAAAAUGUACUUGAUGCACAGGAUUAUGUAGGUGAGAACCUACAGGGGGUAGGGUCUGAGAGCCAUUCUAGGAGAAAAAUGAGGUGACCCAUGGGCUGGUCCAUCUCAUUCCCAGUUAGACCACCUUGAGCCGAGCCACCAUAGCAGUAUCAGGGCUGUAACCAUGAAGGAACAUGCUUAAAAGAUGCAGAGUAGAGAACUGUGUGCGAUUUACAAUAAGUUUUCUUGGACCUGUUUGGUAAUAUUUUACUUUGCUCAAUUAUAGCAGAGUUCUCUAGGUCUAGGGUAUAAGGCUGUGGUGGAUCUUCCUUUGUGCAACUAUAUGGUCGCUCUGUUACACUGUAUCUCCAUGCAUUU